UCACCUUAAAGCACGGUGAUUCAUGUUGCACUAAAAAUUAUUGUGUUUUCAUGUUAAUACUUUAUGCCUGCAUAACGUUUUUGGGUGGAUAGCACUUAAGUUUAAUGUGUUAUAUUUGUCACCAUCGUUUUCGAUGACUGUCACGUCAAAAACCGUACUUACAGAAGGAAUAAAAUUAAUUAAUGCGAAUGAUACUGCAGAAUUACAGAAAUUAAAUUUAAAUGAAGAUAAUCUUAUUGUUCAAAGUCACCAAACUGUUGUAACAUUAAAUCAAAAUGCUGAAUUAUUUAUUGGAAAUGAUUUUAUUGAAAUUAGAAACUACAUUGGAAUCAAAUACUGACACAAAUAAUGAUAAUGAUGAACCUACGAAUAUAAAUACCAAAGUUAUUGUUGAAGAAUCGACUACUCAAUCACUCUCAAUAAGUAAAGAAUUAAAAUUAACUAAAGAUACAAUGACUAUUAUUCAUUGUGAUAUUAACGAGGAAGGUAAUGAAGAAGGAAAUUUACAUGAUAUUAAUACUGACGAUAUCAUUUCUCAAGAUAAUGUUGAAGAAUCAAAUAAUGAUCAUAUAGCAACCGACGAUGGACCACCACAAGAGUUAUUACAAACUCAUUCAACAGAAGACACUAAGAAAUGCAAUUUAGAAAGAGACUACAAAAGAAGGAGAUGGUACAAUUUCCAAAUUUAAUACAUCCGAAUCAAUGCAUUUCCAGUGAAUAAUAACAUUAAUGCUUAUCCUUUAAUAAAGAAUAUCGAUUUCAAUAAAAAUAGGAAAUCGCGAUAUUCGUUAAUCCAUAAAAAUGAAAUUGUUUGGGUGAAUUACGGGAAAUAUCGAACAUUACCAGCUAGAGUUACGAGUAAAAUAAACAUAUCGGAGGGAAUAAGAAUCAUAUUUUUUGAUUCAACUUCAGAUAUUUUCAAAAUUUCGUCUAAGUACUAUCCAUGGAAUUAUUUCAUUACUCCAACGCAAUUUAAUAAUGAUGUUGACAAUAUACGAUUAUAUGAAUAUUUAAAAUUAGCCAAGAAUUGGGCUAUUGAACAUAAGCUUCUUAAUGUCAUUCAAUCCUUGGAGUUUUUGAAAAUAUAAGAAGAAAUUUAUAUUAGAAUUAUAGUUAUAAAUCGUAUAAUUUAAAUAUGAUAUUAAUAUAUUAUUAUUAGUGACAAUGUUUGAAAUGAAAAAAAAAAUUUGGUGAUAUAUAUAAUUAUUGUUUUUUUUUCAUGAAUUAGGUUUUUUAAAAAAAAGUUGUUGUUUAAACAAAUGUUGUAUUUUUGGAAUAAAAAGUAAUUAAUGUCA